GACUGUACACUCAACUGCACGGCUCACUAUCGCUUGUCCUUUGUUCAAUUGCGCACGUAUUGCUACCUACAAACGAUAAGUACCUCCAAUGGAGAUAAAUAAUCAAAACAGUUGGUUUCAUAUACUAGAAAGUGAAUUUACCAAGCCGUACUUUAUAAAUUUACAACAGUUUUUGGUGGAAGAAUACAGUAAUAAUGUCGUUUAUCCACCAAAAGAUAAAAUUUAUUACGCGUUUGAGCUGACACCUUACGAAGAUGUGAAAGUCGUUAUAUUGGGACAAGACCCAUACCAUGGCAGGAACCAAGCACAUGGAUUGAGUUUUUCCGUUCAGUCCGGCACAGAUGUACCUCCAUCUCUGGUGAAUGUCUUUAAGGAGCUUCACAGCGACUUGGGUUGUGAACCGGUAAACCAUGGAUGUCUUGAGAGUUGGGCAAGACAAGGCGUUCUUUUACUGAACACGAUCCUAACAGUGCGUCAGGGUGAACCGAAAUCACAUGCGGAUAAAGGCUGGGAAAUAUUCACGGAUAAAAUUAUUAGAACGCUGAAUGAGCGUGAUACACCGGUGAUUUUUAUACUGUGGGGUUAUCACGCGAGAUCGAAGUGUCAUCUCAUCGAUUCGUGGAAACAUACUAUUAUAACGGGACCCCACCCUGCAGCCAGUAUUUAUUCGGAUAAUAUGGACUUCUUUGGAUCGAAACCGUUUUCCAGGGCUAACCAAGCAUUGGAGGAGCGUGGUAUGACGCCUAUCAAUUGGCAAUUGCCUGCAAAUGUGUAAGCAAAAUGUGUAAUAUGCGUCUGUAUGUGUAAGUUUUAAUACGACGUAUUUUCGCUUACAUUUGUACUAUGUAGUUUGUUCGGCCGAUUCUUCUAAACUUACACUUUGAAAGCGGCCGUAGCUUUAAUUAUAAGUUUGACGUUAUAAGUGAUAUAUACAUAUAUCUUUGUAUCCUAUUUUGAAAAUAAAUAUAUUUAAUAUUUUA